CUCUCUGUCACCAGUGAGAGGAUUGAGUCUGGAAACUGAGAUGCUGCAGUUGGCUGGGAAUUGAUUGACUCUGUCCACAUUUUUCAUGUAUUGUAAAUUAUUCUGAAACAGAUACCUUGAUAAAAGUGAAGUCGGGAUAAUUAAGCUUUUUUUUUUUGUUUACUGUUGCCUUUAUUCAGCAGUGGAGAUGGUUAGUGUUCUGACCGCAAGUGUUUAUCAGGAUGGGGAGACGGUUACCGGCGAGCCUAGGGGACCGGAGGAGACCAAUGCUGAAACCCAGGCUCUAUGCCGGGAUGAUUAUUCAAAGGAUGACCGCUCUCGAAGCAUCGUCUGGAGAAACGUAAUUCUCAUGGUCCUCCUGCACACUGGGGCUGUCUAUUCUCUCAUCGUUAUACCCAGAGCACAGCAUCUUACCUGGAUAUGGUCUUACGUUUGCUUCAUCAUCACUGCCCUGGGGGUGACUGCGGGGGCCCACCGCCUGUGGAGUCACAGGUCCUACAAAGCCAAACUCCCCCUAAGGGUGUUCCUAGCUGCCGCUAACUCCAUGGCCUUCCAGAACGACAUUUUAGAAUGGGCACGAGAUCACCGGGUGCACCACAAGUACUCAGAGACGGAUGCCGAUCCUCACAACGCCACACGAGGUUUCUUCUUUGCUCACAUCGGCUGGCUGUUCGUGCGGAAACACCCUGCUGUCAUCGAGAGAGGCAAAAAGCUGGACCUCACCGACCUUCUGGCCGACCCUGUCGUCCAGUUUCAGAGGAAGUACUACAAGACGUCAGUGUUGAUCAUGUGUUUUGCUCUCCCUACCCUGGUGCCAUGGUAUUUCUGGGGAGAGAGCCUGUGGAACUCUUACUUCCUGGCCUGCAUCCUGCGCUACACCCUCUCCCUCAACGUCACCUGGCUCGUCAACAGCGCCGCACACCUGUAUGGCAACCAACCCUACGACAAGACCAUCAACCCUCGAGAGAACUGGUUCGUCACUUUUGGAGCUCUUGGUGAAGGAUUCCACAACUUCCACCACACCUUUCCGUUCGACUACUCCACCAGUGAGUUUGGUCUGCGUUUCAACCCCACCACUUGCUUCAUCGACCUCAUGUGCUUUCUGGGCCUGGCCGACAACCGCAAGAAGGCCACUCCGCAGAUAAUACAGGCCCGCAAGCUAAGGACAGGAGACGGCAGUGCCUGAGGACACCUCCAUGGCGGGA